AUGAACUGGUUCUGUAUUUUUCAUCUGGGAGGACUUGUUCUUUUCUUUCGUGACCUUAGCGAAGCGAGCGAUGCGGGAACCGACGACCAGCACACAAGCGCACAGCCCGAGAGCGUCCUCCGCGACCUUGUCCGCACUGUGCUGCUUGCCGAGAAAGCUGGAGCCCGAAUCGCACAGCUACGCAAGCAGCAUCUCGUAGCCUGGCGGGCAGCGAACCAGUUUCAACUGGUGUUUGCAGCAGAGGCCCCCAGUACGCUCGAGCUGCACCUACUGGAGCAGUUUCUUGAGUGCUGCCGUUCGAGUUUCUGCCAAACGUACGGAAGCUUGCUUCAGCGUCGACGCUGGUCGACCGAGAGUGACUUUGAUAGCUUUGCUGAAACUGUUGAUCGUGCUCGUGCAACGCUCCAGCUCGGUAACACAAGGGCAGUGUUCGCGGCAGACGAGCACGCUCACGUUGGGGCGGCCCUCCAGCGGGGGCGCGUUUCGAGCCCUACACCAGCCGCUAAUACAAGGUCCUCUGUGCAAACUCUCGAAGAUUCACAGAGCGCCGUACCUUCGAGCUUGUCUGCACCGACUACUGACGCACCCGACGUGCAUGCACCGGGACAUGCUGGCAGCAUCAAGGAUACGCUUGCAGAUGAUGACGUGCCGAUACGGUCGAAUGCCGAGCCCUUGAUGAAUGCAUCCAUACCCGUGGAAGCAGCAGCGCUCGAAACGAGUACACACCCGAGCAACCAAGCGAAGAAGCUGUCACGAGGGAGCAUUCAGCGGCACUCAGCACGUCCUGAACAGCGACGUCCGCCGAAGAAACAUACCAAACUAGCGGCUGGACGCCGUUGGGAUGAUAGCAUCCCGACUGCCGAGGAACUCGCUGCUCUGGACCUCUCCGGGGAGGCGAGCUGUCCGCUGGGUAGCGCCGAUGAUGUGGGGCGCGCUCGCGCCGCCUACCUCGAGACACAGCCUCGCGCGUCUAUUUUCGAAAACUUAACCACAGAUGAGGAAGCUACAAACAAUGACAUGGAGCGCGACGUGGGAGCAGAUGGCGCAAGAGGCAGCGGGAAUCUCUGGAGAACCCUCGGUCGGCUCGCUGGUUCGAGGCCAUUAACCCGUGCCGAUCUUGAAAAGCCUCUUCAGUAUUUCCGGGACCGUCUCAUUGCACGGAAUGUUGCUCCAACUGUGGCAGAGAAGCUCACCCAGUCGGUUGAGGCUUCGCUUGAGAAUCGAACUUUGGAUGCGCUUACCGUGCAUCGCAUGGUUCGCGCUGCGGUCGAGGAUGCGCUCCAACGAGUGCUGCAGCCUCUGCACGGAACGCAGGAUCUUGUUCUAGCUAUUGAACAGCAUCGACAACGAGCUAGUAUUCGUCGUCCUUUUGUGAUCGUCUUUACUGGAGUCAACGGUGUCGGAAAAUCAACGACGCUCGCGAAGAUCGCCUUUCUUCUCUUACAACACAAUCUGCGCUUGCUCCUGGCAGCAGGCGACACCUUUCGCGCUGGCGCCAUUGAGCAGCUUCGGAUUCAUGCGCGCUGCCUGAAUAUUCCACUUUAUGAACGAGGCUACGGUAAGGAUCCAUCGUCUGUAGCUGCGGCUGCCAUCUCCCAAGCCGAGCAGGAGCAGCGGGAUGUCGUCCUCAUUGACACCGCCGGUCGCAUGCAAGACAAUGAGCCGCUCAUGAAAGCAUUAGCUGCAUUGGUGCAGCGAGCAGCUCCUGAGCGCUUGUUCUUCGUAGGCGAGGCUCUGGUCGGGAACGAGGCCAUCGACCAGCUGGUCAAGUUCAAUCAGGCGUUGCUCAGGUAUCAGCAGGGCAGCGGUGGCAAACCUCGCCUCAUUGAUGGCAUUAUUCUGACCAAGUUUGAUGCCGUCGACGAGAAAGUCGGUGCCGCUGUCACGAUGAUGUACACGACCUCGAUACCGAUUGUCUUUGUGGGCACUGGCCAGACCUACCAUGACCUGGAACCCGUCAACAUCCCGAAACUUGUCAAAGCGCUUGUACGCUGA